CCACCUUCCCCCAAACUUGAUAAGACCAGUCAAAUGCAAGGGAAUGAGCUAGAAAAAAAGAUUUAACCUUUGGCCAAUUUUUUUUUUUUUUCCUCUCUUUCUUCAUAUUUAUAUAAACCUGGCCCUUUGGGAUUUUCAUUUUCUCAAACCAAAUGUUAUUUUCUCUCUUGACUACAUCCUAAUAUCCUAUAUUUUAACAAUUUCUUUUGAAGCCAUCCACUGGAUUCCAAAACAAAUCAUAAACUAAACAAAGAAGAUAUAUUUAACAAAAAGAUGGCUGCUUUUUCAUCAUAUCAAUUACAGCACACGAACUCUUCUCUUCUUGAUACAGUAUUUUUGCCAAGUUCUCCCAUAAAGAUGUCUGGCUUUUUGAAAGAACAAAACAAUUCUUGUACAAUCCAGAAUUGUUUUUCUCAAUGUUACCAACCAGAAUUCCCUGCCAAUGUGAUUGUUCAUGAAAAUGGCCCAAAUGUUACUACUACUACUGCUACUCUUAGCCAAAAUGAGCCUUAUUCUGUCACCAACAAAAGUAGCAGCUUGGAUAUGGAUUCCUCCUCUGUUACUGAUAAAAUUGAAAGUGAGAAUAAUAAGCCUAAUGUCACUCCUAUGGACAAGAAAAGAAAAUCCAGAGAAGGGUCUCCUUCAACUAGUUCUGCUCAUUCCAAGGGUGAUAAUGGCAAAAAGACGAAGAGCAAUAGCAAAUUAGUAGUCAAAGAGGAGAAGAAAGCUAAUGAAGAGGCACCAACAGACUAUAUUCAUGUUAGAGCAAGAAGGGGCCAGGCAACUGACAGCCAUAGUCUUGCUGAAAGGGUGAGGAGACAGAAAAUAAGUGAAAGGAUGAAGAAAUUGCAAUCUCUUGUUCCUGGUUGUGACAAGGUAACUGGGAAGGCCCUCAUGUUGGAUGAGAUAAUCAAUUAUGUCCAAACUUUGCAAAACCAAGUUGAGUUUCUCUCAACGAAACUGGCUUAUUUAAAUCCAAUGUACAAUGACUUUGGCAUGGACUUAGAUGCACUCAUGGUCAGUCCUGAUGACCAGAAUUUGAGUGGCUUGGAGACACCACUGCCAAAUAUUCAGCAAGUUAGCCCUACUACAUCACAGGCAGCUGAAGUUAUUCCUAACACUAAGAGUGGGUAUCCUUUUUUGGAUAAUUCAGCAUCACUCAUGUUUCAACAAGCCGAUUUCCCUAAUUCCAUUUCUCAGGGUAAUGGACAGCUCUUAUGGGGUUUGGAUGACCAAAAACCAAAAAUAAUAAAUCAGUCAGGAUUCAGCACCAAUUUUUGUUUUUUCCAUUAAUAUAACAUCAGGCCCUGUCCUACACUACAUCUGGGAAACAGUUCAUAAACAUCUUGGAUUGUGCAAAAGAUAUUUAAGGCAAGCAAUACCAGAAUAUGCAGGAUACCAUUGGCUAGGUGCAACAAAUGGAGAG